CACAAGGGUCAUUCGGGAUGAUCUACAGGCGACCACUCAUUCUCUAGGCCUAUACUAAUGUCUGUGGAAGCGCUCAAGGAGCCGCUUGUUAUCCCUUCCUGUCCCAAUUCCGUCGACCUCGAAACUCUCCACCAACAAGACGAGCGCGAUGUCAAAUACUCCUUAGCAAGCACGACCUAUGAGUUCACUCACAAUUUGAGUCCUCCUGUCGGUUCUUCAGACGAUUCUGCCUCACAAGUGCCACCCUCGCCGCUCGAUAUGCCAUUCUCUUCGUCGCCUGUGCUAUAUCCACCAAGCUCUUCACCUCCGGCUCUGCCUCCCACCAAGAAACGCAAGCUGUUCCAACCGUUUCCCACGGAGCUGCAGCCCAAAAAACCAAAGAUCAUUGGCGGCUUCUUCGAAGACAGUGAUGCUGAAGAAGAACAGGAGGAAGACAGCAGUAGAGCUCCGGGCGUAGCCAAAAUACCCAGUACUGAGGAGCCUUCGUUGCCCGAGCUGCCCACCAAGAAAGUUGCAGAGCAGAUCAAGGCAGACAACCAUGGACUCACUGAGCAGCAAGGAGCCGCAUCUAGCUUUGUGUUGCCUCCUCUGCCUCGACCGUUGUUUCGAAGAUUGCCAGCAAAGACAGUGAAUGUCCAGACCUCGGGUGGUACCACUUUGAACAUUCCUCUGAGGCAGAAGACAGCAGCUAUAUCAUACGAGCAAACCAUUGCACAAAGAUCCGCAACCAUAGCAGGCCGUGCAAAAAAGUCUUACUAUGGCAUUGACAUUCACAAGCUCAUGGAUGAUGCAAAAACUCAACGGCAACUGGACGAAUUCGAGAAGCAAAGAAAGACCCAGGAAGCAGGUGCAAACGAGAUGGUCGAAAUUCCCUCUCCUCAACCCCUGACCAAUUCGGUAUUCCACCAGAUGUGGACCGAGAAGUAUCGAGCAAAGAAGUUCACAGACCUCGUGGGCGAUGAAAGAACCCACCGAUCAGUUCUUCGAUGGCUCAAAUCCUGGGAUGAUCUGGUCUUUCCAGGUCAUGCAAAACCGAAGACAUCCCGGAUAUACGAGGAUAAAGAUCAACUCGAGCAACAACAUCGAAAGGUGCUUCUCCUAACCGGUCCCCCUGGCUUAGGCAAGACGACGCUAGCUCAUGUUUGUGCAAGACAAGCUGGAUAUGAAGUCCUCGAGAUCAACGCCAGUGACGACCGUAGCCGCGAGGUUGUGAAAGGCAGGAUCAAAGAUGCUCUCGGUACAGAAACUGUUCGAGGGAUUCAAGAGCAAGGAAAAGCUCGCAAAGCCGGCCGCCCUGUUUGCGUCGUGGUAGAUGAAGUCGACGGCGUCACGACAGGGUCCAGCUCGAGUGGUGGCGAAGGUGGAUUCAUCAAGGCUCUGAUUGACCUCGUCCAGCUCGAUCACCGAAAUUCACCCCAGAACGGCAUUCACAGUAAUUCUACUGACAGGAAGAAGAAGGGGGACAGGUUCAGAAUGCUUAGACCGUUGAUCCUGGUCUGCAACGAUGUUUACGCACCUUCACUGCGCCCACUCCGAACAAGCUCUAUCGCCGAGAUUGUCCAUGUUCGGAACGCACCGAUCGACAAAGUCAUAGCCAGGUUGAAGACAGUGUUUGAGAAAGAGAGCAUCGCCUGUGAGAAUGACGCCGUGCGUCGAUUAUGCGAGAAUGCAUGGGGCUUAGCCAUGCGAAAACAGCGAGGCCCCGGUACUCGAGGUUCGGGCGAGGGCGACAUCCGUGGAGUCCUAGUCCAGGCUGAAUGGAUUGCCCAUAAAUUACGGGCGAAUGGGAACAAAACCAGACUGACCAGGAAGUGGCUCGAGCCACUACUUGAAGACACUCGAGCCGGCCAGAAAGGCGUUGGCCGGGGCGGUGUUCGAGAAGUCGUUGAACGAGUUUUUAUCGAUGGAGCCGGCCUGCCGAAUCUACCGACUACUCUUUCAGCGGAUGAUGCCAGACUUGUUGCUGAGUCCAAGAUAAGUGCGAUAGGUGUCUCGGAUCUUCGUAAACGUGCUGCUAUUGCUGCCUUGCGGGAAAUGGUGGACACCUGUGGUGAUCACGACCGAAUCGCUACUGAGUGUUUUGCGACAUACCCGACGCAGGCAUACCAAGAUGAUGUGCGUUUGACGAAACCCAAUGCGGGUUACGAUUGGCUUCAUUUCCAUGACUGUCUAUCAAGUCGAGUAUUCUCGGGUCAAGAGUGGGAGCUAAUGCCGUACCUGAGCACCAGCGCUUGUGGCUUCCAUCAUCUCUUCGCGGCAGCUGACAAAGGCUCAAAAGCUUGGAAUGACGAGAAGCCCGAAGACGAGCCAGUCGAUUUGCAUCCUUUCAGUGGUGUCAAGGCUGAUUUUGCCGCUUAUGAGGCGGAGAAACAGAACCGGACGCUACUAACGGAGCUUCAGUCGACUUUCUCGGGAUCCUUGUUGCGGCUAUUCAGCUCCGUUGAUACAAUCGCCACAGAGCUGAUACCGAACAUGGGCAAAAUGCUUGCUCCUGAAGUCAAGCCCGUGGUUAUUGGUGGCUCUGGUGGCUCUGCCAGCGUUGCAAGUGUACGGAAAGACACGGAGAAGGUGUGCAUCAGAAACGCUGUCAGGGCCAUGCUUGCCCUUGAUUUGUCAUUUGAGAAGGUUCGCGUCGAGAUCGAAGGCGGUGGUGCCCAUUCCAACAGUGGUUACGCGUACAGAAUGGAACCACCUCUUGAUACUCUGCUCAGCUACCAUUUGGAUGAUUCAUCGCCAAAAACGGCACCCGUGAGGUACGCCGUUAGACAAGUGCUUGACCAGGAGUUGCGGAAGGAGAGACUGUUGCAGAGCUCUGCUGCACGGCACGCGCGAUCCGGAGCAUCGCAGCUCAUGAACGAAGCUGGAUUCCAUGACGACAAGGAGAACACAAAUGCAAAGGUGGGAAAAUCUAUGUCAAAGGACCUAGAUGCAAAGCGCGACUUCUUCGGCCGGAUCAUCAAUGAGAGUCGACCAAAGUCGGCGGGCAAGGGAAUGGCGUCCGCCAGGGCUGAGACCAAGACCAAGGAUGAGGGACGCAUCUGGGUGUCGUUCCACGAAGGGUUUUCGAAUGCUGUUCGGAAGCCAAUAACGCUGAAGGAGUUUCUAGAGGGAUUCUAAGGUGGAUUCACUGCCGUGCUGGCUGUUCUAUAGAGAGGCUCUUGCAAGAGUGUAUAACGAGACAUGAUUGAAAGAA